AUGGCUGACUUUUGUCCACGACAGUUGGCGUUGCUCGAACCAGAUGGUUCCGUGCCAGCUGUCAAGAUUUUCAAGUCGCCGCAUCUGGCAAUGAGUGUCGUGGCCAAAUGUAGAAUGAUUGCGUUAUUCCUGCAAGUCAAUGGAUAUGUGUGGGGGGUAGGGUUGUGUAGGGUCGAGGAAGGAUGGGUUCAUGAGUUGCAUGUUUGCUUGGGGUACCUGCCAGUCACCUGUCGUCUUGCGCAAAUACCCCAUUCGCCCAAGAUGAGCGGGCCGUCAAAUCUCCACAUCGCUGCCGGCUCCAGAAACCUUAUUUCGGCGCACGGUUCACUUUUGCCAUGUAUGUAUGUAUGCGUACCCCAGGGAGAUCACUACAGCGGUAGUUGA